GGAAGCCUGUCUCCGGUCUGGCCCGGUCCCUGGGACCGGCCGCCCGCCGCGAUGCCGAGCCCCCGGAGGACUAUCGAGGGACGACCGCUAGGCUCCUCGGGCGGAAGCAGCGUCCCGGGCAGCCCGGCCCACGGCGGCGGCGGCGGCGGCAGCGGCAGGUUCGAGUUCCAGUCGCUGCUGAGCUGCCGCUCGGGCGCGGACCCCGCCUGCGCCCGGCUGCGCGCGUCCGACAGCCCGGUGCACCGGCGCGGCUCCUUCCCGCUGGCUGCCGCGUGCCCUGCACAAGUAGCUCCUGCCCCACCGCCGGAGGACGCCGGCAUGAACUUGAACCCGUCCUUCCUGGGCAUCGCCCUGCGCUCCCUGCUGGCCAUCGACCUGUGGCUGUCCAAGAAGCUGGGGGUGUGUGCUGGGGAGAGCUCGGCCUGGGGCAGCGUGCGGCCCCUGAUGAAGCUGCUGGAGAUCUCAGGACAUGGCAUCCCCUGGUUGCUGGGCACCCUCUACUGCCUGCUUAGGAGCGACAGCUGGGCCGGGCGCGAAGUGCUGAUGAACCUGCUCUUCGCCCUGCUGUUGGACCUACUGCUGGUGGCUGUGAUUAAAGGGUUGGUCCGCAGGCGCCGACCGGCGCACAAUCAGAUGGACAUGUUUUUCACCCUCUCGGUGGACAAGUACUCCUUUCCCUCGGGUCAUGCCACGAGGGCCGCCCUGGUGUCGCGGUUCAUCCUGAACCACCUGGUACUGGCCAUUCCACUGAGGGUGCUGGUGGUCCUGUGGGCCUUCGUCUUGGGUCUCUCCAGGGUCAUGCUUGGGCGGCACAACGUCACUGAUGUGGCGUUUGGCUUUUUCCUGGGCUACAUGCAGUACAGCAUUGUGGAUUAUUGCUGGCUGUCACCCCUCAAUGUUCCAGUUCUUUUUGUACUGUGGAAUCAACAGUGACCCCAUCUCAUUGAUUGUUGGCACCACGAGGUCUGAAGGACUCCGCAUUCGAGGAUUCUGACCUAAGCCAGAGCCAUCCAGUUGUCCCUCAGACAUUUUAGGCGCCUUUGAGAAUUCUGGGACCCCACUGUCUUGAAAUGUUCCUAGACCGGAGCACAUGCAGGCUAUUACUGAACACGGCCAUACUAGAGAAACAAAGCCUAUUCUGUAUGUAUUCGACAGCUGUUUAUCCACAAGACAGCUGCAAACAAAUCAAGCUGGCUGAUUAUACUUUUUGCUAUUUACUUAAAGUUGACCGAAUAGUGUUAAUGAGUAAUUCCUUCCCCGCCAAAGAAAAAAAAGAUGUUAUCACUUGUAAAUUGAAUUUUAAGAGCCACUAGCUAAACCAUGUGCUAUUCCCAGCCCUUGACCUGCGGUAGAUUUUAAACAGUAUUUUUAAAGUUCAAGACAGAGUUCUUUUUUCCAGUUUACCCUCUGAACAUCUGUUGCCGUCCUUGGAGCUUUUUCUUUAUCCUGAUUCCUUAAGCUCUCCCACCUUCGAGGACUUGGUAGUAAAAAGAGGUUCCACAAAGUACUUGCCUUUCUUCUCCCUGUACCUCUCGAACGGUCUUUAGAUAUUUACUUCCCAUUGCGCUUUCAUGUUAUCUUUUAGCAUUCAUAGAACAAGCCGAGAUGUCGAAGAAGACAUACUCAAAAGGUGGGCUUGUCUAAGGUUCCCACAGAAAUGUAAGUAUGAGACUACUGUUUCAUUCCCCAAUCCUGUUGACAAGUAGCAUGCCAGGAGGGCAAGAAGCUGACCUGCCCGGGAGAGUCAGGGGAACUUAAGAGUUUGGGUGGAGGCUGUCCACAGACAGCAAUGGCCGGGGACAGGAAAUGAAGCCCUGCUGUCUGUCAUGUCUACUGAGUACAGCAAAUGAUCCUCAGUUAAGUAAAACAUUGAAGAGCGAUGUGGUUCUUUUCUGUGCGUCUUCAUAGCUUUCCUGUGCACCACAAGGAUGACUGUGUCCUCCUUUUCCUAUCAGUCCCACUUCGCUGUAUCCAGCUCAUUUUAGGUAACAGGACUUAACUUGAAACUUUUCAGGAGAGCCUAUUGCUCUUCGUGAGCAAUAGGUAUAACUCUUAAAUUUCUGUUUACAUUGAAAGCUGUUCAUUCAUGGUGAUUCCCCCACUCAUAAGACCAAAGAUGACCAAAUAAUAUGGUAGACUCUAUUUGUCUGACCUAGAAAGACCAAAGAGGGUUUGUUCAUUAAAUCUGUAAAUGCUGCUGUGUCUGGAAAGAAAGCCUUUAAAUCACUGGUGGAAGUGGCGUCAUCGGAUAAUCUUACUGCCCAGUUGUUCUGGCAUUCGAAAAAAGGACUGUAGACUAUGGUCUAAUGUUCAAGGAUGUGGAUGGACAGGACUGUGGAAAAUAGUGAGAAACUGGUUCUCCGCUGGAGGAAGUAGGGUUAGGUUUAGGACCUUUGCAAGUGGGGGUCAGGCACACCACCAGGAACAGCUCCUUCGAUAAAUAAAACAGUUAUCACAUUCCCACAACAACCUAAACACAGACUACCUCUUCCCUUACCAGAUCUGCUAAGCUGUGAGGUUCUAAGAGGUCUGAGUGUGUUGUUUAAACUUUUGGAGAUGGUUUUUCAUUAUAACAAUUCAAGCCAGACAUUUGAAAGUGACUGUUCUUAUAGUGUCCCCAAGUCUACUAACUGAGGGCCCACCUUCUAGUUUCUAGUUGCACUUCUGAAAUCCCAUGUUUUGUUUGCUGGGACCUGAGUUUGGUGGCUUUUAAAAUACAGAUGAGAUCAAUUUAUCCGACUUCAUGAGUAAUCCUAAAUUCUCUCGAGUAAAAACUGAUUUCUAUGUUAAUUAAUUGUACAAUGACGGAUACCUUUUAAAAAAUAUCAAAAUAAAUUAACUGGUAAUGUUAAA